GUCCAGCCCUGUUUGGCCCACCCUCUGUGUCAAUAUGAGGCUGGGCCUUAUAAGGCGCCAAGAAGCCUCCGGUGGGACAUUUCCUCGGCCGAGCCAGCUCCCGAGCCAGCUCCCGGCAGGACGGUGGGUCCACAUCCAGCACCAUGACGGAACUGGAGACGGCCAUGGGCAUGAUUAUUGACGUCUUUGCCCGGUACGCGGGGGCCGAGGGCAACAAGCAGAACCUGACCAAGGGGGAGCUGAAGACGCUCAUGGAGAAGGAGCUCCCUGGCUUCCUGCAGAAUAAAAGGGACAGGGACGCCGUGGACAAACUGCUCAAGGACCUGGACGCCAACGGAGACGCCGAGGUGGAUUUCAACGAGUUCAUGGUGUUCGUGGCCGCGCUCACAGCCGCCUGCCACAAGUACUUUGAGCAGGCGGGGCUCCACUGACGCCCUGCAGACCCAGAUCCCUGGGUGGGGGGUGGGGGGGUGCUCCGGACCCGCCCCCAGCUUCCAGAACCCUGGGGGUGAUUGCUUCCCUGGGCCCGGCCUGCCCCCGACCCUCUGAUCAGUAAAAUGCUUGUGACACGC